UGCUGCCCGAGGACCCCGAGGUGGCCGACCUCGUCUCGCGCUGCCCGCGGCUCCCCGAGCUGGAGGAGUUCCCCUGGACAGAGGCGGACGUGGCCCGCGUGCUCCGCAAGGGCGCGGGUGGUCGGCGGCCGCCCCAGUUCUCGGCCGAGGCGGUGAGGCGCCUGGCCGGGCUGCUCCGCCGGGCGCUCAUCCGUGUGGCCCGCGAGGCGCAGCGCCUGAGCGUGCUGCAUGCCAAGUGCACCCGCUUCGAGGUGCAGAGCGCCGUGCGCCUGGUGCACAGCUGGGCGCUGGCGGAGAGCUGCGCGCUGGCGGCGGUCAAGGCGCUGUCGCUGUACAGCAUGAGCGCCGGCGACGGGCUGCGCCGGGGCAAGUCAGCGCGCUGCGGCCUCACCUUCUCCGUGGGCCGCUUCUUCCGCUGGAUGGUGGACACCCGCGUCUCCGUGCGCAUCCACGAGUACGCGGCCAUCUCGCUGGCCGCCUGCAUGGAGAACCUGGUGGAGGAGAUCCGGGCCCGGGUGCUGGCCAGCCAGAGCCCCGACGGCGGGGGCGCGGGCGGCGGGGACGUGUCCGCGGAGACCCUGGAGAUGGCUGUCAGCAACGACGCGGAGCUCUGGGGCGUCCUGCAGCCCUACGAGCACCUCGUCUGCGGCAAGAACGCCAAUGGUGUCCUCUCCCUCCCCGCGCACUUCAGUCCCUACGACGGCGGGUCCCUGGGCCGGGACGAGCGGGCCGACGCCUACGCACAGAUGGAGCUGCGGACGCUCGAGCAGUCCCUCCUGGCCACGUGUGUGGGCAGCAUCUCAGAGCUGAGUGACCUGGUCUCCCGUGCCAUGCACCACCUGCAGGGGCGCCGCCCCCUGUGUCCGGGCGCCAGCCCCGCCCGCCAGGCCCGCCAGCCGCCCCAGCCUGUCGCCUGGGCCCCCGACGCCCUCCACACGCUCUACUACUUCCUGCGCUGCCCCCAGAUGGAGUCCCUGGAGAACCCCAACCUGGACCCCCCGAGGAUGAGCCUCAACAACGAACGGCCCUUCAUGCUGCUGCCACCGCUGAUGGAGUGGAUGCGUGUGGCCGUCACCUACGCAGAGCACCGCCGCAGCCUCACCGUGGACAGCGGGGACAUCCGGCAGGCGGCCCGGCUGCUGCUGCCUGGCCUGGACUGCGAGCCCCGGCAGCUCAAGCCCGAGUGCUGUUUCAGCUCCCUGCGGAGGCUAGAUGCCCAGGCAGCCACGGAGAAGUUCAACCAGGACCUGGGUUUUCGCAUGCUCAGCUGCGGGAGGACGGACCUCGUCACACAAGCCAUCGAGGCCCUGGGACCCGACGGGGUCAACACCAUGGACGACCAGGGCAUGUCACCGCUGAUGUACGCCUGCGCUGCGGGUGACGAGGCCAUGGUGCAGGUGUUGAUCGACGCGGGGGCCAGCCUGGACAUGCAGGUUCCAAGCAGCUCCCCCAGGCACCCCUCGGUCCACCCCGACAGCCGGCACUGGACCCCACUGACAUUCGCCGUGCUGCACGGACACAUCUCGGUGGUCCAGCUGCUACUGGACGCAGGCGCCCAUGUGGAGGGCUCCCCGGUGACAGGCGGUGAGGACAGCUACGCGGAGACGCCCCUGCAGCUGGCCUCUGCAGCUGGGAACUACGAGCUGGUGAGCCUGCUGCUAAGCCGAGGUGCUGACCCGCUCCUCAGCGUGCUUGAGGCCGACGGCAUGGCCUCCUCGCUCCACGAGGACAUGAACUGCUUUAGCCACUCGGCCGCCCACGGCCACAGGAACGUGCUGCGGAAGCUCCUGGCGCAGCCCCAGCAGGCCAAGGUAGACGUGCUGUCCCUGGAGGAGAUCCUGGCCGAGGGCGUGGAAGACAGCGAUGCGUCCAGCCAGGGCGGCAGUGAGGGGCCCGUGCGGCUGAGCCGGACCCGCACCAAGGCCCUGCAGGAGGCCAUGUACUACAGCGCCGAGCACGGCUAUGUGGACAUCACCCUGGAGCUGAGGGCGCUGGGCGUGCCCUGGAAGCUGCAUGUCUGGAUUGAGUCCCUGCGGACCUCCUUCUCCCAGUCGCGGUACUCAGUGGUGCAGAGCCUCCUGCGGGACUUCACCUCCAUCAGGGAGGAGGAGUACAACGAGGAGCUGGUGACCGAGGGCCUGCAGCUCAUGUUCGACAUCCUCAAGGCCAGCAAGAACGACGCGGUCACCCAGCAGCUGGCCGCCAUCUUCACCCACUGCUACGGCAGCAGCCCCGUUCCCAGCAUCCCGGAGAUCCGGAAGACACUGCCAGCCAGGCUAGACCCUCACUUUCUGAACAACAAGGAGAUGUCGGACGUGACCUUCCUGGUGGAAGGGAAGCUGUUUUACGCACACAAGGUCCUGCUGGUGACAGCAUCUAACAGGUUCAAGACGCUUAUGACCGAAAAAUCCGAGCAAGAUGGCGACAGCAGCAAGACCAUCGAGAUCGGUGACAUGAAGUACCACAUCUUCCAGAUGGUGAUGCAGUACCUGUACUACGGAGGGACCGAGGCCAUGGAGGUCCCCGCUGCCGACGUCCUGGAGCUGCUGUCUGCCGCCAGCCUGUUCCAGCUAGACGCCCUGCAGAGGCACUGCGAGAUCCUGUGUGCCCGGACGCUCAGCGUGGACAGCGCCGUCAGCACCUAUAAGUAUGCCAAGAUCCACAAUGCCCCGGAGCUGGCCCUGUUCUGUGAGGGCUUCUUCCUCAAGCACAUGCAGGCCCUGCUGGGGCAGGACUCCUUCCGGCAGCUCAUCUAUGGCCGCAGCAGCAAGGUGCAGGGCCUGGACCCUCUGCAGGACCUGCGGAGCACGCUGGCUGAGCGCGUGCACUCUGUCUACAUCACCUCCCGGGUGUGAGGGCUCUCCCUUAGCAUGGGGGCGGCCGGCCUUCCUGCAGGCACCACGGCCACCCCUCCACAGGUCAGCCCGCCCAGACCCACCCUCGGCUCCUCUGGUCACUUAUGGCCAGGCGCUCCAGGCUCUGCCCACCCCAGCCGGAGCUUCUGGGGACGGGCACCCCACGAGCAGGGUACAUGCUGUGGCCAGGCCACAGGCGUGCUUCCCUAAGUGUCUGACCCUCAUGACUGGGCCUCUGCAAGUCCCCUGGCCCCAAGGCCGGGGCCGCCAUGCCUGGGGCCCUCCUGCCAGACUGCCCACUGGCUCCACAGUGGAGGGCCAUCCGGUGGCCUUCGGAGCCAGGUGCUACACGGAGCCUGGUGCCGGCCUUUCUUGCUGCUAUGGCUUCCAGGGGCCAGAGCAAUGGGGCUGGGGGGCCCUCGAGCCGCUGCCGGACAGGAAGGCCUGCGCCGCCUCCCGGCCAGGCCUUCCACCUAGGACCAGAAGAUGGAAGAGGCUCCUCCCAGAGGAGCCAGUGGGAGGCUGUCUGCCACGCCCAUCCUGGCCCCCGGGUCCUGGACUGUCCCGCGUUCCCGGCCCAGACACCGGAGCAGCGAGGACAGUGUGUCUGGCACAGCCACUUUGAGCAGCUAGAAACUGUUCACCAAGAGCCCCGGCACCUUUGUGCCGCUCAGGCCUGGGAAAGUCCCGGGCUUCAGUCCUGGAAGGUGACUGGCGCGCUGUAGAGGAGCGGCACGGUCCUGCUGCCCUAAGCCUGUAUGCUGUCACUGUACGUUGUCACUCGCUGUAAUGCUGCCGCGGUCUUAAUAAACACUAGUGGCCAGUCUGGCCAUCGCUCAGCCCA